ACAGGUGGUUUUUUAAUAACUUUACUUAAAGUGGUAUUAGGCUUUUUUGGUGAAAGAGGAGAAGAAGAAGAUUCUAAGCUACCCACAGCCCUGACUGGCAGUAGUGAAGUUAUAUCCUUUCCUCAGACGUUCUUGAAUAGACUACUAUAUGUAAUUGCUAUAGCGCAAUCAGAUACAUACGUUCUAACUGGUUAUUAG